AUGUCUGUUAUUAUACGUUUGGAAAAUUUGCCUUGGGAGGCACGUUCAAUUGAUAUUCGUCGAUUUUUUCAAGGACUUCAAAUUCCUGAUGGUGGUGUUCAUAUUGUUGGUGGUGAUCGAGGUGAUGCAUUUAUUGCAUUUCAUUCAGACGAUGAUGCUCGUCAAGCAAUGCAAAAAGAUGGUGGUCUCAUAUGUCAACAACCGGUUAAAUUAUUUUUAAGUUCAAAAAUUGAAAUGCAAAAUGUUAUUGCAGCUGCACGAAGUAAACCACCAUCAUCAUCAAAUACAAAUCAACAAACACAAUCAACAAAUGUAUCGCAACAAAAACGUUCUGAUCCAUUAUCUCAACAAUUUACUCAUGAUAUUGAUGAAAAUCAACAUCAACAACAACAACAACAAACACAACCAACACCAACAGCACAAUCAAAUAUAACAAAUGAUCCAAUGUCAUCAUUUCUUGAUGUUGUUAAUAAAAUGCAACAACAACAAAAAGCAAAUACAACGGCAACAACAUCAUUACCAACAGCAGCUGCAUCUGCUUUACAAACACCAUCAGCACCAACACCAGCUACAACAGGUCUUGCACCAGCUAAUCUUGUUCUUCAACUUUUACAAUCUAAUUUAAGUAAUAUACCACCAAAUGUUCUUGCUCAAGUUCAAGGACAACUUGCUGGUCAAGGUUUAACUGCUCAACCUAAUCAAGUUCUUCAACAAUUAGCUGCACUUCAAGCUGCAACUCAACAACAAACAUCAGCUCUACAAACUAAUGCUAAUCAUUCACCAAUUUAUAAUUCAGGUCAAACAAAUCCUGCUGUUAUUCAUCAUGCUCUUCAACAACCAACAAUAAAUGAAUCUAGUCAAGCAACAAAUACAAAUGCAUUUCCUCAAGGAGCUCCACCACCAUUAAAUCUUUUCCCACCAGGUUCAAUACCACCAAAUGCAUUAUCAGCUCUAUUUAACACUCAACAACAACAAUUACCAUUUCAAUCUGUUAAUAAUCCAUUACCAACAAAUUUUCCACUUCCACCAUGGAUGCAACCAGCUGCUAGUCAAGCUCAAACAUUUGCUUUACAACAACAACAACAACAACAACAACAACAACAGCAACUACAACAACAACAACAACAACGUCCAUUACUUAAUCAUCCUCCAUUACAAGAUGAACAACAAUUACGUUUAAGACAACAACAUGAUUUUAAUUCAAAUAUAACAAAUCAAUUUCAACAACCAUAUUCAUCUAUGAAUUCACGUUUAACUCAACAACAACAACAACAACAACAACAACAGCAACGUUCAAAACUUCGUGAACCAUAUUUACGUGUAAAAAAUUUAUCAAGAAAAUAUUCAUAUCGUGAUGUUAAACUUUUAUUUGCUGAUUAUAAAUUACGUUUAGAAGAUAUCAAAAUGAUUAAUGAUCAAAAUGGUGAACGAACAGGUGAAUCUGUUGUACAAUUUCGUUCAAUUGAAGAUGCUGAUGAAGCAUUAUCACAAUUUAAUAAUGUUUAUUAUGGUGGUGCUAAUGUACAAAUUGUUCCAGCAAGUGAAUAUGAAUUUGCAUCAGCACUUGAUUCAUUUAUUCCAGCAUCGGUUAAAAAACGACAACCAGAAGGAGGUUAUUGUGUUAAAGUUAUUGGUUUACCAAAAAAUUGGUAUAAACGAGAUAUUCGUCGAUUAUUUACAGCAUCAGAAAUUGUUUCUGAAAGAGGAAUUUAUUUAGAUAAUGAUAGUGAUAAUAAUCAAGGUGGUACUGCUUAUAUUGAAUUUGUUAGUGAAGUUGAUCUUGAAAAAGCAUUAUUUUAUCAUGAUGAACAUUAUGGUUCAUCUCGACUUGAAAUUCAACCAAUAACAAAAAAAGAAAUGGAAUCAGAAAUAGCAUCACUUCGUUCUAAAGAUAAUCGUCGAAGAGAUUAUUAUGAUGGAGAAUCAAGAUCAAGACCUCGAUCACGUUCACGUUCUCGAUCACGUUCACCUAAAGAUCGUGAUACACGUCGAUAUCCACCACGUGAUGAAAUGAAUGGUGAUAAUAGUGGAGGUUCAUAUCCUCGACGACCACGUUAUAAUGAAGAAUUACCACCAACAAUAACAUGUCUUCGUUUACGUAAUAUUCCAUAUGCAACACGUGAUCAUGAUGUUAAAACAUUUUUUAAUGGAAUUGAAAUAGUUCAAGAUGGUAUUCUAUUUAAAUAUGAUAAAACAGGUCGACCAGCUGGUGAAUGUUAUGUACGUUUUGGUUCAAGUAAUGAUUGUCGAAAAGCUUAUGAAAAAAAUCGUUCACAAUUUGGUGGACGAAUAUUAGAAUUACGUCCAUUAUCAUUAUGGGAAUUUCAAGCAGCUACAUCACAAGAACGUGAUGAAACAGGUGCAACAUUUUCAACAAGUGGUGGUUUAGGUAGACGAGAACAAUUUGGUGGUGGACAAAUGUAUCAUAGUGGACCAUUAAGUGAAAAACGAAAAUUUCCAUAUGAUCGUAAUGAUGAUAAUGGAAAUACAGGUGAGAAAUCUCCAUCAGAUCAACAACGUUUCGAUAGACGUAAAGGUGAUUCAUCAAGUCCACGUGGUGGUGGCGGUGGUGGUGAUGAUGAUAAAUCACCAUCAAAUAUGAUUGGAAAUUCAUCAAUGGAUGAUCAAAAUGGACGAAAAAUGAUGAGAAAUAAUAAUUCAUCAUUAAUACAAAAACAAUUAACACAAUUACCACCUGGUUAUGAUCAAUAUCGUGGACAAGUAUUAUUAAUGUCAAAUGUACAUUUUCGUGCAACACGUGAAGAAAUUUUACAAUUUUUACGUUCAUUUCAUCCAAUUGAAGAUACAUUAAAAAUUCAUCGAGAUAGUUCUGGACGACCAACAGGACAUGCUGUUGUUGCUUUAACAAAUGCUGAAGAUGUACCACAAGCACUUAAAGAACUUAAUAAUUCAUUUUUUCUUCUAAGAAAAAUAUCCGUUUGUGUUGUUUAA